AUGAGCGAUGACACAGCGGCAUCUUAUCGUUUCAGUGGUUUGAAGUUAACACCAUGGAGCGCCAUCGAUGUGACGGUGGUUAGGCGUCUUGCUCUUGUGGCAAUGUGUGGCUCCUUCAAUCCCAUUCAUCUGGUACACAUUGCCAUGUACGACGCGGCCCGCGACGCAUUGAUGCAUCAUACAGAAGCGACGGAUGCCCCCUCCAACGUUGUAGUUGUUGGUGGCUUUUUUUCACCUGUUAAUGAUCACUAUGGAAAAGAAGAUCUCCGCCCUUUUGCUCAGCGGGCAGCGAUAUGCAAGGCGGCACUGGCCGAUCAUCCUUCACUUGCCGUUGACGAGUGGGAGGGGUUACAGCCGAUGUAUGUCCGUACAGUGCACGUUUUGGAUCACCUUCAGAAGGCCGCGCAGAGGUGGUAUGAAACCGAUGCGGCGCCUAAUGCGACACAGUUGGCGUGGGUGCGACAGCACCCUGUGAGUGUCGUGUUUGUUUGUGGGAGCGAUUUGUUUGCCUCUUUUUUGAGGCCCGGCUGCUGGUCAUUAAAACUUCUUAAACAGUUGUUGGAUAAUUUUGACGUGAUGGUUGUGCGACGAGCAUGCACGAAUGUGGGGUGUGAGGAUAUGUUGCGUCGGCAUGGUUCUUUCUUGCGGGAAAAUGUGAAGGAUACGGAAAACGACUGUACGAGGCUUCUAACCCUCGAUCUAGCCGCUUACCGUUUCAUGGAGGUGGAAAUAUUUGCCAAUGAGACUUCUUCAAGUGCCGUCCGUGAGGCACUUGCGGCAGAUCAUGCUGCGGACAUCAGCAACCUUGUCCCUGCUGGGGCUGAUUCUCUUAUUCGUGCAUUCUACGCAAACAAUACUCAAAAUGAUUGA